CGCAUUGCUGCUAGUCAGUAUUUGAAGUCGGACGACUUUUCUAUAGCCUCCUUAAUCUCUCUCUCUCUCUCUCUCUCUCUCUUUCUCUCGCUGUAGCUAAGUUUUAGCUAUUAACUUCCUCAUUAUCAACUUCCUCGGUAUAGUCUCGUCAGAAACCCCAACACGAUGCACGCUUCGGGACCCUUGUUCUUAAUCUUUCUUCUUAGAUUCGUUUCGGCUCAGAAGACAACGGCCGACCAUCCCUGCCCUUCACCGUGCCAUGGGAGCGACCUCUCCGUACAGUUCCCGUUCGGGCUCACCGGGAGCCGCUGCGGCUACCCGGGCUUCGACCUCUCCUGCAAUCGCCAGCGCCAGACCAUCCUCAACCUCCCUCCUCCGGCGGCUCGUCGUCCAGAACAGCUUCGUCGUCCAGAACAUCGACUACGCGGCCCAGUCCGUCUGGCUCAACGACGCCGGCAACUGCCUCCCGAGCCGGCUCCUGAACUUCACCCUCGAGGGCUCCCCGUUCAGCGCCCUGAGGACCAAGAAGUACACGCUCGUGAACUGCUCCGGCGACGCCGCGCCGGCGGCGAGGGCGGCGAUGCCGACGAUGCUGGUGAUCCGGUGCAUGAGCGGCGAGGACUACCGGGUCAUGUCGGUGGAGAGCCGGUUCUACCGCGGGUCCCCGUCGCGCGGGUGCCGCGAGGUCGGGAACGUCAGCGUGCCGGGAGCGUGGCCGGCCGCGUCGGAUCUGCACGAGGACCUGAUGCUCGUGUGGCGAGAGCCCGACUGCAGUUCGUGCUUGGCGCGCGGCGGGACGUGCGGGCUGAGGGACGGCUCCGGUUUGGAGAUCGCCUGCACGAAUGUUCCGAGCACUGGUCUUCCAAGAAGUGCCAAAUACGGCAUAAUCAUCGGCCUCGGCAUCCCGGCCGUCCUCUGCCUCAUUGGGCUCGCCGGCUACGUAUGGGGCCUCAUCAGCAAUUACAGCCGGCGGUGCCGGCACCGGCACCAGCAGGAAGAAACUAACACAGAGUUCCCCACCAUCAUCUUCCCGCAGUCUUUCAUCAUGACGGGGCUCGACGGGCCGACCAUCGAGUCCUACCCGAAGACGCUGCUCGGCGUGAGCCGCCGCUUGCCCAAGCCCAGCGACAACACUUGCCCGAUAUGCUUGUGCGAGUACCAGCCAGAGGAGGCGUUACGGACCAUACCCGAGUGCAAUCACUAUUUCCACGCCGACUGCAUCGACGAGUGGCUCAAGAUGAAUGCCACAUGCCCCUUGUGCCGGAACUCGCCGGAGGGGUCCGUUUUGUUCACGCCAUCGGUCGUGUCGCGAGCAUCGUCAUCGUCUUCGCCUUCGACACCAGCUUAGGAUGGAAUGGAGCUUGUCGUCUGUAUAUAUUGAGAUCGCUAUGGUAUGGGGGUUCUCGCGUUCUUUCAAUCAUCGUGUUUCUUGUAUUUCAGAUUUUGGUGAGAUUUUUAUUUUUGGAUAUCAUCUUAGAAACAUAAAAUCUUGUUCUUGAUCUCUGUAUGUUUUGAUAUCGUUUGCAUUGAUCCGACCCGAUUCCCAUGUCCAAGUUCCUAAAAAAAUACCCACAUGAUGAUUUUUUUUC